CGCCGCGGCGGCUCUUCCCGGAGAUCGGGCGCAGCGGAGCCUUCCCGGGGUUCUCGGAAGGCAGGAAGGAGGACGCCUGGCCCUCGGGGCGGGCUGCCAGCUCUCUGGCCCGGGGGCGCGGCUCCCUCUAGAGGCAGCCGCCGCGGGUGAGCCGGGAGUAGGGUUGCCCGGAAGCGCCUCCAGCCCUGCCCCCUGCCUGCCCGGCCGCCCGCCUGCCUGCCUGCCGCGGGAAGCCCUGGGCACACGAGGCUGAGCCGGCUUUCCCUUCUUUCUCCCGGCGGCGUCGAGAGCGGCGGGGUGGCGGCCGAUGGAGGCGCUUCCCUCCCGGGACGAGAAACCGAACCCUUCGCGGGAUGCCAACUUCUGCUCGCGGCUCUUCUUCUGCUGGCUAAAUCCUUUAUUUGUUAUCGGUCAUAAACGGAAACUGGAAGAAGAUGAUAUGUACGAAGUACUCACUGAAGAUUCCUCUAAGGUGCUUGGGGAAAGACUGCAAUGGUACUGGGAUAAGGAAGUGCAAAAGGCUGAAAAAGAAGCAAGAACACCACAUUUAACAAAAGCAAUUAUACUUUGCUACUGGAAAUCCUAUUUAGUUCUGGGUUGUUUUACAUUGGUUGAGGAAACUCUGAUACUGAUUCAGCCAAUAUUUCUGGGGAUGAUUAUUGGGUAUUUUGAAAAGAUUGGCUCUACAGAUGCUGACGAAGAUGCUUUGGCCUAUGCCUAUGCCUCUGCUGCAGCCUUAUCUGUGUGCACUUUGAUUCUGGCCAUCACUCAUCACCUGUAUUUUUAUCAUGUACAACGUGCUGGCAUGAAGCUGAGGGUAGCCAUGUGCCAUAUGAUUUAUCACAAGGCACUUCAUCUGAGUAACGCAGCCAUGACAAAAACUACAACAGGUCAAAUUGUAAAUCUUUUAUCAAACGAUGUGAAUAAAUUUGAUCAGGUGACUAUUUUCCUGCAUUUCUUAUGGGCUGGACCGCUUCAGGCGAUAGCUGUGACUGUGCUUCUGUGGCUUGAGAUUGGCCCGUCCUGCCUUGCAGGAAUGGCGGUGCUCUUUAUCCUUCUCCCCUUGCAAACCUGCAUUGGCAGGCUCUUCUCAUCUCUGAGGAGCAGGACUGCAGCUUUCACAGAUGCAAGGAUCAGGACCAUGAAUGAGGUCAUAACUGGAAUGCGGAUAAUAAAGAUGUAUGCUUGGGAAAAGUCAUUUGCUGAUCUUGUGAACAACAUGAGAAGAAAGGAGAUUUCAGUGGUUCUUAAGAGUUCUUAUCUUCGGGGACUGAACUUGGCAUCCUUCUUUGUUGCCAGCAAAAUCACAGUGUUUAUGACAUUCAUGACCUACGUGUUGCUGGGCAAUCUAAUUUCAGCAAGUCGGGUAUUUGUCGCUGUCUCUCUGUAUGGUGCAGUGAGGCUGACAGUCACUCUGUUCUUCCCAGCGGCUGUUGAGAAAGUAUCUGAAGCACUGGUCAGCAUUAGACGAAUCAAGAACUUUCUAAUCCUUGAUGAAAUUUCUCAGCUCAGUCCACAACUCAAAAAUAACAGUGAAAAUCCUUUCCUUAAUGUGCAAGAUUUGACUUGCUCCUGGGACAAGACAAUGGAAAUGGCAACACUUCAAAAUGUUUCAUUUACUGUCAGACCAGGAGAAUUGCUAACUGUGAUUGGCCCUGUGGCAGCAGGAAAGUCUUCACUCUUGAGUGCUAUCCUGGGUGAACUGUCUACAAGCAAAGGUUUUAUAGAUAUUCAAGGAAAGAUAGCUUACGUUUCUCAGCAACCCUGGGUAUUUUCUGGCACAGUAAGAAAUAACAUACUCUUUGGAAAGGCAUAUCGGAAAGAAAAAUAUGAGAAGGUUCUAAGAGCUUGUGCGCUUAAAAAAGAUAUUGAGCAUCUGGAAGAUGGAGACCUAACAAUGAUUGGAGACAGAGGAGCUACAUUGAGUGGUGGACAAAAAGCCAGGAUUAAUCUUGCUAGAGCUGUCUAUCAGGAUGCAGACAUCUAUCUUUUGGAUGAUCCAUUAAGUGCAGUGGAUGCAGAAGUUAGCAGGCAUUUGUUUGAAAAGUGUAUUUGUCAGACUUUGCAUAAAAAAGUGUGCAUUUUAGUGACUCACCAGUUGCAAUAUUUACGAGCUGCAAGCCAGAUCUUAAUUUUAAAAGAGGGUAAAGAGGUAGGGAAAGGUACUUUCUCAGACUUCCUUAAAUCUGGAAUAGAUUUUGCUUCCCUUCUGAAAAAAGCUGAGGAUGAUGAUCAGCCAUCAGCUCCAGGAACACCCAGCGACCAGCUGUCUAGGAUUCGUACAUUUUCUCAGUCCUCCGUGUGGUCGAUGGAGUCUUCAGUUCAGUCGCAGAAAGAUGGAACUGCUGGACCUCCAUCUAUGGGACCAGUCCUAACAGCAUUGCCAGAAGAAAAUCGUUCAGAGGGGAAAAUCGGCUUUACCAUUUAUAAGAAAUACUUUUCUGCUGGGGCAAAUUAUUUUAUAAUUUUUAUACUGUUCGUUCUCAAUGUUUUGGCACAGGUUACUUAUGUGCUUCAGGAUUGGUGGCUUUCUUACUGGGCAAACCAGCAAGUAAAGCUAAAUGUCACUGAAAUGGAAUAUAGUGGGCAAAAUAACACAAAAACUCUGGAUCUUCACUGGUAUUUAGGAAUGUAUGCAGGUUUAACUGUGGCUGCGAUACUUUUCAGUGUACUGAGGAGUCUACUUAUGUUUCAGAUUUUGGUUAACGCAGCUCAGACUUUACAUAGCAAAAUGUUUCAGUCAGUUUUGAGAACUCCAGUGCUGUUUUUUGACAGAAACCCUAUUGGAAGAAUCCUAAAUCGUUUCUCCAAAGAUAUUGGCCAUUUGGAUGACCUACUGCCACUAACAUUCUUGGACUUUGUACAGACUUUUCUUCAGGUGUGUGGGGUGGUCGGUGUGGCGAUUGCAGUGAUACCCUGGAUUCUCAUCCCAUUGGUUCCUCUUCUUCUUCUUUUCAUAUUUCUGCGACGGUACUUUUUGGACACAUCAAGAGAUAUCAAACGUUUGGAAUCCACAACUCGAAGCCCGGUUUUUUCUCAUUUGUCAUCAUCUCUUCAGGGACUUUGGACUAUUCGUGCUUUUCAAGCAGAGCAGAGAUUCCAAGAAUUAUUUGAUGCACACCAAGACCUACACACAGAAGCUUGGUUCUUAUUUCUGACUACAUCUCGCUGGUUUGCUGUACGCUUGGAUGCCAUCUGUGCCAUCUUUGUGAUAGUGGUGGCCUUUGGCUCUUUGCUUCUUGCACAGACUCUUGAUGCUGGGCAGGUUGGCCUAGCUUUAUCCUACGCAAUCACUCUCACGGGAAUGUUUCAGUGGGGAGUUCGGCAAAGUGCAGAGAUUGAAAAUCUGAUGAUAUCAGUGGAACGAGUAAUGGAGUACGCAGAGCUGGAGCAGGAAGCCCCAUGGCAUACCCAUAAGCGCCCACCGGUGGAGUGGCCAACUGAAGGAAUGAUAGCAUUUGACAAUGUGAACUUUGCUUACAGUGCAGAUGGUCCUCUGGUGUUGAAACAUUUAUCCGCUUUAAUUAAAUCAAAAGAAAAAGUUGGAAUUGUGGGAAGAACAGGAGCUGGAAAAAGCUCUCUAAUAGCUGCCCUUUUCCGGUUGGCUGAGCCCCAAGGAAGAAUUUGGAUUGAUAAAUAUUUGACAUCAGAACUAGGACUUCAUGACUUGAGGAAGAAAAUUUCAAUCAUACCUCAGGAGCCAGCUCUUUUUACUGGGACUAUGAGGAAAAAUUUGGAUCCUUUCAAUGAGUAUACUGAUGAAGACCUGUGGAAUUCUUUGGAAGAGGUCCAGCUGAAAGAGGCAAUAGAAGAGCUGCCUGACAAACUGGAAACACAAUUGGCAGAAUCUGGAUCUAAUUUUAGUGUUGGCCAGAGACAACUGGUGUGCCUGGCCAGGGCCAUUCUGAAGAAGAAUAAAAUACUGAUCAUCGAUGAAGCAACUGCAAAUGUUGACCCAAGAACAGAUGAGCUGAUUCAAAAGACAAUCCGUGAAAAGUUUGCCCAGUGUACUGUUUUGACAAUUGCACACAGACUGAACACUAUCAUCGACAGUGACAGGAUUAUGGUUUUAGAUUUGGGACGCCUGAAAGAAUAUGAUGAGCCAUACAUUUUGCUGCAAGAAAAGGAGAGCCUGUUUUACAAGAUGGUUCAACAAAUGGGUAAGGCUGAAGCUCUCUUCAUCAUAGAAACAGCCAAACAGGUUUAUUUUAAAAAGAAUUAUCCUGAAGUUACUCCAAGUGAUCAAGCAGGCACCAGUUCAUCAAUAUCUGACUCUCAAGGACUAAUUAUUUUUGAGACUGCGCUAUGAUCUUAAGCCAUGGGGUGGGUGGGGAGGUGUUCUUUUCUUGUCCUUUAACAGAAUGUAACACUAAUGAAAUGCAAACAAAUGUUCCAAUUAAUUAAUACUGUUUUUACACUGGAAUGUUGAUUGUUACACAGAAGAAAAAUAGAUUUUUUGAAUAAUUUUUGUUCCUUGUAUUUAAGUAUAAUAUUGUUCAGAAUUUUUUUAAGAAAUGCAUUUCUCAAAGUGCCUAAUUUUGUAGGUUUAGCGAAAAGAAACUUGCCCCACAAAAUCUGAAGCCAAGUUCUAUGAUGGACAGACUUGCUCAGGAAUUCAGGACUUCAUCAUUUGUUCUAAUAGUGCCUUAGCCGAGAGACUUUGCACUGUAAGCUUCCUAGACAAGCUGUUCUUAAAUUGUACACAGGCUGAUUAGGGCCUUUAUAUAGUGUAGCUUUGUUACGCAGAGGUGGAGAAAUGUAUCCAGGUACCUGUGCAAUUAACUUAAGUAUUUGCAUCAGUACAAACUUUCGCCAGAAUCCAAAUGGUUAUCUGAUCUUCCCCACCUGCUGAAGCUUCCUGACUGGGAAUCCUUAAAGCCAAAUCUCCUAUUCCAGGAGCUCAGCCUACUCCUAGGAGAGGCAGAGUAAGUUGUGAUGUUUUAAAACUGAACACAGUCACACAGACUCAUAUAAUACCUGUCUUCUGUUUUUGAUACCCUCUCUGCACAUCGAUAGCUGGUAUUACAUUUAGAGGUCAAACAUUGCAUAGUCCUGCUAUAAACAAAUGAUGCAGGCAGGUGCAUAUUUUUAUUCACCACUGUGCUACUCUUGGCACAUUUAAGCUACUGGUGCCGGACAGCGCUCACUUUUAUAGUUGUAGUACGUAUUUCUCAGAGGGGGAAAAUGUAUUUUCUAGUUUUGCAUAUAGAGACAAGUAGGGAAAGAGCAAGGGCAUUGUACCUUAAGAUAUGUGUACGUGUAAAUCCUUAGCUGCGUGUGCAGUUACAGUUAAAUUAAUGCAUUCCAAUUUGGCAAAUUUGAGAAAAGAGUUACUUCCUUCACUGUAAUUUUUUUUACAAAUAAUAUUUUGCCUUUAAUUGGGAAAUAAUUGCUGUACCACAAAUUAGCUUGUAUCUGGCAAUUUUAAUUUUCUAAAUAGUUUUAAUAUAUGCAGUAAAAUGCUACUAGAGGCAAACCACUGGUAUCAAGAGUGGUUCACUUUCGUUGGUUGCAUGCACACUUCCAGAGAAUAAGUCCCAGCAUAAGAAAAAGGUAAAAAACAAUCCCUAGUGGUAUCCAUCUGUAAAUCAGGGCAAGAGAAGAUGAUAUUGUUAUGUGCAAUGCUUCACAAAUAUUUCCUCUCAGUAACAUUUGUGUCUAUAUUUUGCCAACCUAAUUAUGUAAAAAGUUCAAUUCUGAACACAUUGUUAUCAGUGCACUGUAUACAUUUAUUGUGCCUUACUGUAUCUCAAGCCAAAUGUAUUUGAAAAUACAUUAAUUUAAAGCCA